UAUGACGUCACUUUCCGCAAUUAUUAGUAACCGGUGUUCUCCCGCAUUUUCGAGUAUAAGUAAUCAUGAGUCUUUGGGUUGACAAACACCGUCCAAAUUCGCUCAGUAAGCUUGAUUACCAUAAAAAUCAAGCUUCUCAUUUAAAAAAGCUCGUAGCCGGUGGGGAUUUUCCUCAUUUACUUGUAUAUGGGCCAUCUGGUGCUGGAAAAAAGACUCGUGUUAUGUGUGUGUUGAAGGAACUGUAUGGGUCAGGUGUAGAGAAACUAAGAAUUGAACAACACAAUUUCACUACACCUUCGAAGAAAAAGUUGGAAAUAUCUACAAUAUCAAGCAAUUAUCACAUUGAAGUUAAUCCUAGUGAUGUAGGCAACAAUGAUCGUGUAGUGAUACAAGAAUUGAUCAAGACAGUGGCACAAGUCAAUCAGCUUGAAACAUCCACACAGCGUGAUUUCAAAGUUGUGGUAUUAACUGAAGUUGACAGACUAAGUAAAGAUGCCCAGCAUGCUUUACGUCGUACCAUGGAGAAAUAUAUGGCAACAUGUCGUCUUGUACUCUGCUGUAAUUCUACCAGUAAAGUUAUACCAGCUAUAAAGAGUAGAUGUCUUGGUAUACGAGUUGCUGCUCCAUCAAUUGAUGAGGUGUGUCAGAUUCUCCAGACUGUAUGUAAGAAGGAAGGACUUAAUUUGCCUAUAGAACUAGCUAAGAAAAUAGCAGAGAAAAGUAACCGCAAUCUUCGUAGAGCUUUACUUAUGUGUGAGGCUUGUAGAGUUCAACAGUACCCAUUUAGUGCUGAUCAGGCAGUUAGUGAACCAGAUUGGGAAGUUUAUCUCAGAGAUACUGCAAAUAUGAUAGUUCAACAACAGAGCCCUAAAAGAUUGUUUGAAGUAAGAGGAAGACUGUAUGAACUGCUGACUCACUGUAUACCAGCUGAUGUUAUAAUGAAGGGGUUAUUACAGAAUCUGAUCAGUAGUUGUGAUGGGGAGCUCAAGACAGAAGUAAUUCAAACAGCUGCAUACUACGAGCACAGACUUCAAUUAGGACAAAAAGCAAUAUACCACCUGGAAGCUUUUGUGGCCAAAUUUAUGGCAAUUUAUAAACGAUUUCUGGAAGAAGGCAUUGCAGAUAUAUUUUGAUCACAUUGUGUGUAUUUGUACUGGAACAUACUUUAGAAAUUCAUGAGGAAAGAAUGUGGUUUAAACGUUAAAAUGUUACACUUAAUUGACACAUUUCAUAUUUCUCAUAAAAAAUAGAAAGAGGAACAAGUUAUAAAUCUAGUAGGUGUUUAUUGAGCAAUGAUUAGAUCAGACUAAAUGUGCCUUCCUUGUACUUGCAUGUUACCUUGUACAUAAACAAUAAUUUGCUAUAUUUAUUGAUAUAUUUUCCAAUGACAGUUAAUAGUUUCUUUUUUCAAGUUACCUCCCUUGCCAUGUAAACGGGACAUUUAAAACUGAGUUGUUUACUUAAGGACACAUUAUGAUUGAAUGAUAUAACAGAAUGAACUUGUGGUCAGCUUAGUUAACUUACAAGUUACAAGUUGCCUGAAUAAAAUUAUUGAUACAACUA